UGCAGAACAUUUAUUAUUUAAAAAUAUAUAUUAACAACUUUUGGCAAGUAAAAGUAAAUUAAAUCUAUGUAUUAUUAGUGCUAAUCACCUACCAGUAAUUUCCUUGUUCAUUUCCGGAAAGUUGCACUUAUAAACUCAAAUAAUUUUUUUUUGACAAACAAUGGCUGAAGUAGCUUCUAUCAAAGAUUCCGUGUCAGGCUUGGCAGACCAAUUUAAGCAGCAGAUGGCUGAAUUUCAAACAAGCCUCAGCAAAGCAGACCCAGCCAAUCCUUCGGUGGCUUUAGUGUCUUCCAGCUUCGCCGCCUUCAAGGAGUUUGUAUUGAAAGCUCUCGAGUCGCUUCAAAAGCAAGUGGAUCUUGUGACCCGCCAGGUGGAUCAAAUCGAGACACGCUCCCGUCGCAGCAUGCUGCUGGUGCAUGGUAUCGCAGAGGCAGAGUCUGAAGAUACAGCGGUUCUCGUGGUCAAUGCACUUCAGGCCGCCCGUGACGGCUUAGCCGCUGUAGAUAUCAAACGAAGCCGUCGUUUGGGCGGGCGCAGCGGCCGUGACAAGAAACCUCGCGUUGUUCUUGUUGAGUUCAUAGACACCGCAAUCCGAGACGACGUGUGGUUCAAUAAGGUGGAACUAAAGGGCUCCGGGGUGACGCUGGGUGAGUUUUUAACUAAGCCGCGUCACGCUGCGUUUAUGGAGGCCCGCGAACGCUUUGGCGUCCGCAGCUGCUGGACGUGGAACGGUGACGUGUAUAUCCUCGGAAAGGAUGGGGUGAAGCGUCGUGCAAAUUCCAUUGCUGAAGUCAAGUCGCUUCCGACUACGCCGUCCGCUGAUGUAGCUGCGCUUGCGGGACCGUCCGUGGCACCAUCUCCGACCCCGAUGAAUAAGGAAGCUCCUCAAGGAAAGCAAGAGUCGAAUAAGAGGUCCAGGCGUGGAGUCUCCAAGUCCUGAUCAUAACAAACCGAUUGUCUUGCUACUUUAUACUGUCCGGUGCGAUGCGAACUCUUGACUUUGGUCGUGUUAUAAUUCUGUUUUCUUUUGUUAGUUCAUAUUUAGUCGUGUAACAUCACUGUAACAUGUUAUUUUCUACCUUCUUUUUUAUUUAUUUAAAAUGUUUCGUUUGAUGCUUUCU